AUGCUUGCCUCCCAUUCAUCCAUCGUCCCCUGCUUCGGCCUCAAUCCAAUGGCGUCGUCUAGUGAAAACGAGGCACUUCCAUCGACUCAAACCGCCACCACCAUGGCCUCUCGCCGCUCCCCGCCCUCAGCAUUGUCGCUUUCCCUUUCCCCCGCUGCGCUGCUCGUUCUAGGCCUGGCUCUUCUCGGCCUAUCCUGGCCGUCCAUCGCCGCGUCGUCCCGGCGCGUGCUGCUGCAGGCCGGCGGCGCGGCAUCGGACCGCGCGGCGGCGUUCGGGAGCCGCGUGAUCUUUAACUCGAUGCAGAACGUGGGCGUGCAGGACGGCGGCGCCAUCUCGCUCACGCUCGACCGCACGGGAGGAGCGGGGUUUGAGUGCAGCGACGCGUACAGCUUUGGCAUGUUCAGUGUGGAGGCCAAGAUGCCUGCCGGCUACUCUGCUGGCGUCUGCGCCACCUACUUUCUGCAGUCAGGGUCAUACGAGCAGCGCAACGAGUGGGACUUUGAGUUCCUGGGCUCGCCCAACACGUCCGUGGGCAUGACGCUGCAGACCAACGCCUUCAUGGGCGGCACGGGCGGCCAGGAGGAGCUCUCUGCGUUUGGCUUCGACCCCGCUGCUGACUUCCACACCUACUCCAUCCAGUGGGGCCCCGACCAGACCGUGUGGCUGGUGGACGGGGAGGUGCGGCGAGUGAUGGGCAGCAGCAACCCUGCGUACCCGCGGGACCCCAUGCGAGUCUACUUCAGCAUCUGGGACGCCUCCACCUGGGCCACUGGGCCCAGGACUGCGCGCAUCCCAGUCGACUACAGCUAUGCU